AUGGAUUCAGUAAUUUUGGAGUUAUCGGAUUUUGGAGAUCAACAACUUGCUCUUGAUCCAAAUUUUAGUAAAUUGAGAGACAAGAUGAGAAAAUCGUUAAAACAAGCCUUCUCUAUGAAUUUUGAUCUGGUGUAUACUUUUAAAAAAUCAUCCGCUAACAAGUUACACUCUCCGAGUGAUGUAAAGAUUUCAUAUAAUAAUGAUUGCAUUGUUGUAGGAAAUCGUGGAGAUUGCAACAUUAUUUUUUUCAAUUACACCACAAAAUUGUACAUGACCUCAUUCAAACCUGCAAAACUUUUUUAUUGUUUUCUCAUUGAGAAUGGAGAAUAUCAGGACAAUGAUUAUUUCAUAAUUAACGAUGAAUAUUCAACAAUGUCAAAAUAUCAUUUGGCCACGUUGAUAGAUCAUUGUAAGAACGGAACAAACUGUGACACUCUUUGGGAAAAUAAUACAUUAUCUUCUCCAUACGGAAUGACCAUUCGUAGAGAAAAAAACAAGAAAACAAAUGAUGUUGCUGAGAAUUGGAUUUAUGUUAGUAAUUGUGGCACCAAUUCCAUUGUUGUUGUGAAGGCUGCUACCGGAACAAAAGUUAUGGACAUCAAAUUUGGACAACCCACUUUAUCUCAACCUUAUGGUAUUGAAUUUAUUGUGGGAGACUCGAUGCUGAUUGUGAGUGAGUACAACAAUCGAAGAUGUUCUAUUUUGAAACAAGACGAAAACGGCGAUUGGCAAGUGGAUAAAACCAUCCAGACAGGGCAUAUCACAGGAGAAGAUUUUGAUUGCCCUCUCGGUAUUGCUUACGACAAGAUUGGCAGACGAAUUUUCGUUUGUGACCAAUACAAGAGUGCAAUCAGAAUUUUGAACGAACAAGGACAAAUAAUUGGUGCGUACAAAGGAGGUUCAGGAAAUAUCUCAAUGGGAAGACCUUUUGGUAUAACUUUUGAUGAAAGAAAAGGUGAGCUCUAUGUCACUCAUUUCUCAGCUAAUGAGGUCAGAAUUUACAGAUAA